CAUGAAAACGAAAGAAGGAAUGAUCAUGAUGUCGUGUACUUCACAUGUGAUAGUGUUUUUGUGUUUGAUUGUCACCAGCUUCUGCGCCAAAGAAAAAGAAAAAGGAACUGAGAGUGAGAAAUGGAAGAAAAAAGAUAUCCGAGAUUAUUCCGAUGCCGAUUUAGAACGUUUAUUUGACCAGUGGGAGGAAAAUGAUGAUGAAGAAUUACCAGAGGAUGAGCAGCCUGAGUGGAAAAGAGAACCCCCAAAAGUGGACCUCUCCCAGCUGGACCCCAACAACCCCGAACUGAUGCUGCAGGCCUCAAAGAAAGGACGCACGCUGAUGAUGUUUGCCACUGUUUCAGGUUACCUUACUCUUGUGAUCCCCAAUGCACCACACCAUGACAUUUAUUAUACAAGGCAAUACAGAUAA